AAGAAAAUAUGAGCUUUACAAUCAAGAUCUCUCUGGGUAUGUAAAAUCGUCAUUGAUUUUUAUCUCGUGUCCUGCAGGUGCAACUGUACCAGCCCACAGAGCAGUUCUGGUAGCUCGCUGUGAGGUAAUGGCAGCUAUGUUUAAUGGUAAUUAUCUAGAAGCAAAUAGUGUUCUGGUUCCAGUGUAUGGGGUUUCCAAAGACACUUUCCUCUCCUUUCUAGAGUACCUUUACACCGACUCCUGCUGCCCAGCCAGUAUUCUCCAGGCUAUGUCUCUCUUGAUCUGUGCGGAGAUGUACCAAGUAAUGAGACUGCAGCAUAUUUGUGAGCUUUACAUUAUCACGCAGCUUCAGAGCAUGCCGAGCCGGGAGCUGGCAUCCACAAGUCUCAGUAUUGUUAGCUUGCUCAAAAAAGCUAAGUUUCACAAUUCUGAUUGCCUUUCGACUUGGCUGCUUCAUUUUAUUGCCACUAACUACCUCAUCUUCAGCCAAAAGCCUGAAUUUCAAGAUCUUUCAGGUAACCUAUCAGUUACUUCUGCAACAAGAAAUGUUUCUCAGCUCUGCUUAAAUCGGAGGCGAGGUACUGGGCAGUACUACUUCUGCAUGAGAAGACGAUGAGGACUUCUUUAGGCCACACACUCUAGUCCGGUCCAGAGUCUGUUUGAGCUGGGUGCUGCACCACCCUGCCGUGGGACCAGCAUGUGACGCAUGACG